UGGUACGACCCACACCCAAACCCCAACCCCCAUGAUAACAUCCUCUUCCUCUUGCUAAAACCCAAAACCCUAUAUUUCAUUUCACCAUUUCUGUCUUGUUUGCAAAGACAUCAAAAAAUGAAUGUUACUCGUUCUGCUUUGAAGCUCCAUCUUCAAAAUUCACCCAUUCGCUACCAUCAAUUUUUCUUCUUCUCUCGAUUCAACAAUGCUCUUAUUCGCAAUCCCACUUUCUCUUCUUCGUCUUCUUCUCUUUUCAAUUUCAAUGCAACGCGUUUCUUUUCUGUAACCCUUCCACGUCAAACACACCAGACACAACCCUUUGUUGGAAGCGCCGUUUCAUCAGAAGAUUUCAAUGGAAGAGACACUUUCUUUGCUGAGGAUAACGUUUCGUGGAGUUCAAUUGGUCUUUCUCAUACCCUUUCUCGAGCUCUCUCUAAUAUUGCUCUCAAUACACCCUCUCUCGUUCAGGCUUCUUCUAUACCAUCUGUGUUGUCAGGGAAGGAUGUAGUUAUUGCUGCAGAGACCGGCAGUGGUAAGACAUACAGUUAUCUACUUCCUCUCAUUGAUAAGCUGAGGGGUACAGAGGAAUAUUCUCUGGAUGUUGUAUCUGAUAAAGAAAUCUCUCCGCCGGCCAGGAAAGUUCUGCUCGUGCUUUGUCCGAAUGUGCAAUUGUGUGAGCAGGUAGUUAGGAUGGCUAAUAGUCUCUGUGGAGACAAUGAUGAAACCAUUGUUAGUGCUGCAGCCAUUUGUGGGAAACAGGGAUGGCCAAUUCGGGAACCCGAUAUCAUUGUGACAACACCUGCUGCUCUUCUCAAUCAUGUUGACGUUGAUAGAAGACGCCGCAUGGAAUUUAUGCAUGGUGUUAAAUAUGUGGUGUUUGAUGAAGCUGAUAUGCUUCUCUGUGGGAGCUUCCAGAAUAAAGUAAUCCGCCUGAUUAACUUGCUCCGCUAUGAUGAAAAACUCUUGUCUCGAUCGAAAACAUCAGUAUCAGAGUUGCCAGUGACAUUGGAAUCUUCUUUGUCGUCGCAUGAUGCUUCAGAAGGUGAAGAGGAAUUUCCAACUGAAGCCAUGUCAGACGAGGAGGAUGAUGAUAACGAGGAUAUUGCCAAUAUUAAUAACGAAGCUGAAUCUGUCAAGAAAACAAGAAGAGACUGGAGAAGAGUGAGGAAACAUUUUGAGCGUAGUAAACAAUAUGUUUUUGUUGCAGCUACACUUCCGGUGAAUGGAAAGAAAACAGCGGGAGCAUUAUUGAAACACAUGUUUCCUGAUGCUGAGUGGGUUAGUGGAAACUAUCUUCAUUGUCACAAUCCAAGAUUGAAGCAAAGAUGGAUAGAAGUGACCGUUGAUACACAAGUGAAAGAGCUCAUAAGGGCUGUGAAUCACAGUUUAAAAUUGGAAGAUUUGGAUAUUGGUAGUGGCAUUCAUAGAACAAUGGUGUUUGCCAACACAGUUGAGGCUGUUGAAGCUGUGGUGAAGAUAUUGGGCUAUGCUGGGCUUGAAUGUUUACGUUAUCAUAAGAAUUGCACGUUGGAUGAGCGGGCACAAACUUUAGUUGAUUUCUACGACAAAGGUGGUGUUCUUGUAUGUACUGAUGCAGCUGCUCGUGGCGUGGAUAUUCCAAAUGUUUCUCAUGUUAUUCAGGCAGAUUUUGCUACUUCUGCUGUAGACUUUUUGCAUAGGAUUGGUCGUACAGCUAGAGCUGGCCAAAUCGGACUAGUUACCAGCAUGUAUACUGAAUCCAACAGAGAGCUUGUAGAUGCUGUUCGUCGUGCAGGGGAACUUGGUCUACCUGUGGAGACCGCAUUUAGCAGGAAAAGAAGCUUCCGUAACAAGAUCAAAAAGAAAGCAAGUGCUAACAAAGUCAGAGAUUCAGCAACCAUUGAAGAGAGUCUUACAGCGUGAGAACACAAGGUGGUUACACAUAAGCCAGGCGUAGGUUAUAGAUAUCAUCCGUCUCUCGGGUUUUGGACAGCAGUGUCUUAUCUGAAGUUACAUUUUCCCCUUCAUCUUUUGCAAAAUGAUAAUGUGCUUAUUUAUGCCUUUAUCUGUUCACCAAUCAAAGUUUAUAGGAAAGUUAGUUGCUGAUAACUUUAUUCUUUCCACAUGUAAAUUAUGAGAAGAUUACUGUGUUCUGUAUCUUAUCUCUUCAUAACUUUAAUUACAACUCAGUUUAGAAGGCAAGAGCCUCUAAAUGCCCAUUUACACCCCCAUAUUAUGAAGAACAAAUAUUAUGUCA